CUACUACUAAACUAGAGUCAACUGUUGAAAUGAAUGGCUGCUACUUUGCAUGGAGAACCAAAAAUAUGCUGGCGGAUAUACCACUCAAAGUCAAUGAUACAAAGCUUGUAGCUGUGGUUGGCAAAACUGGCUCUGGAAAAUCUCUACUUUUAUCCAUGUGCAGUGAGGCGGAAAUGACCCAAGGAUCAGGCCAAAUGGUUGGGACCAUCAGCUACCUCGAACAGUCGCCAUGGAUUAUGAACAACACCAUGGGCGCAAACAUUAUAUUUGGCCGCACUUUUGACGAGCAGCUUUAUUGGGGGUUAUUUACGCGUGCAACCAAGUCUACACUUGUUACCGUGCACAAGCCUGAAGUGGAACUUUACAACAGUGGCUUGAUAGUAAUUAAUGGACAGGAUAUUGCAGCUAUUGGUGUCGGUGAUCUGCGUCCAGCGCUAGGCAUCAUCCCACAGGAAUCGAUCAUGUUCAGCGGCACUUUUGCUGAAAACUUAAACCCACCCAUGGAGUUUACCAAGAAAAAUAUGUGGCUGGCGCUGGAAAAACUGGGCGGCGGCCAGAAGCAACUGUUUAGUCUGUGCCGCAUGCUUAUGCGCAGGCGCAAAAUCCUUGUUCUUGACGAGGCCACAGCCAACCUGAUAAAAAAGGAUUUUGGCGACUGCAUUGUGCUCAUUAUAGCCCAUCGCUUGGAGAUAAUGAUGAACAGCGACCACAUCAUUGUCAUGGAGGGUGGCGAGAUUGUCGAGACUGGUGCUCCUCAAGCUUUGUUGAAGGGCAGACUUUUUGCUGACGUUGUUCGCACCAGCGAUUUUGAUGAGUAA